UCCACCCAAUGGAUUCAACUGCCACCACACUUCUCUUGUCUUCGCCGAGAGAGAGUUCUAUUUUUGACGGUUCUUUUCUGCACAAACAAGGCACUCUAUCUAUGGAAUUUCGCUGGCCAAAAGAUGAGUUAGUUAGUGCUCAUAAGGAGCUUAUGGAGCCAGUAGUUGAUCUUGCGGGGUUCUUCACAGGUGAUGAAGUGGAAACAUGGAAAGCUGCCACCAUGAUCAAGGCUGCUUGCUUGAACCAUGGUUUCUUUCAGGUGAUCAAUCAUGGUGUUGAUCUCAAUCUCAUCAGCACCGCACAAUAUCAUAUGGGCCAUUUUUUUAAGCUUCCAAUUAGCCAAAAACUAAGGGCUCGGAGGAUGCCAGGCAGCUUGUGGGGCUAUUCUGGUGCCCACGCUGAUCGAUAUUUGUCCAAGUUGCCCUGGAAAGAGACAUUAUCUUUCGGCUACCAUGAAAAUAGUUCGUACCCCGUUGUGUUGGAUUUCUUCAAAACGACUCUAGGAAAAGAUUUUGAACAGACAGGAAUGGUCUUUCAAACAUAUUGUGAAGCAAUGAAGGAGUUGUCUCUUUCCAUAAUGGAACUGUUGGCAAUGAGCUUGGGACUUGAUCAAUCCCACUAUAAGAAAUUCUUUCAAGAGAGCUGCUCUAUAAUGAGGUGUAAUUUCUACCCAACAUGUCAAGAGCCAGGUCUUGCACUUGGCACGGGACCCCAUUGUGACCCAACAUCCUUAACCAUACUUCACCAAGAUCAUGUUGGAGGACUUGAAGUUUUUGCGAACAACAUGUGGCACACUGUUGAACCUCGUCAUGGUGCCUUAGUUAUCAACAUUGGUGACACGUUCAUGGCAUUGUCGAAUGGUAUAUACAAGAGUUGCCUGCACAGGGCAGUGGUUAAUAAGUAUGAGGCUAGAAAAUCGUUGGCAUUCUUUCUUUGUCCAAGAGAAGACAAGGUGGUGAGACCUCCCAAGGAUCUUGUGAGCAGAGAAGGAAAAAGGAUGUAUCCGGAUUUCACAUGGUCAGAUUUGCUUCACUAUACACAAAAGCACUAUAGAGCCGACGAUGCAACCCUCCAAAACUUCUCUAAAUGGCUCCUCUCUUCCAACUCAGGAAACGUCUAGCCGGCUACCUUGCCCAUUAAUUUGCUUCUUAUCAUGCUUAACAAUAUUAUGAUUUAAUUCCUUACAAAAAAAAAAAAAAGAUUUAAUCGGGUUCUGCAUGUUUAUCUUUGUAUUACUGUUGCUUUGCGGUAUUAUUUAUGUAUAUUUGUCUUUUUGUUUACUGGUACUAUUAUCUUAAUUAUUAAUUCCCUAGCUAGCUAGAAGCUGGUAGCAAAGACAUGGCACGUUUCAUUUCAGAUGGAUUAUUGAAGUUGGAAUGUCUAGUGCCCGUGGGAAAGAGUAAAAGACUACCCUAGCUAUACUUAGCAGAAAAGACAAGACUAGCCGUAUAUAUUGCACAUGGUGUUAAGCUUAUACAGACCUAUAAAAAAUUUGUAGUGUAGAUUUCAUUCAUCAUUUCUUAAUUAUGAAUCUUGUAAUGGAAAUAUCUUUUUUGAAA